CUUUUGUGAGUGCUGCCACAAUAGUACAAGCAAGCGACACAAUUUAUUUCUGUAAUCAUGGAGGCUCGCUUUGGACGAAUCAUUCUCCAACAAGUGGACAAAGCCUUGCAGGAGGAACCAAGCCGUGAUGCUCUUUUUUGGCUCCUUCAGAUUGUGGACCCUUCCUUGGAUAAAGAAGGUUUCUGCAAUGAGAGAAAGCGUGCAAGUACCUUUCGGCAGCUGAAACUCCUCAUCCACCCAGACAAGAAUAAUGACGAUAAACAACAUGCUACCAAGAGGUUCCAGGAUGUACAGACCUUUUUUGACCAGUGCACUGGUACAGGUCUUCAUAAGCAGCGCACCAGACGCAAGAAACAGCACACGAACAUGAAUCUGCCUUCCUAUUUCCAUGUCAACGGCAAAUGGGCUUUCUUGGCCAGCCAUGCCCUUGGCAUCAAUGGGCCUCCACAUGUAUUCUGGGAUUGCAGAGUGAGUGGACAGGAACUUGAGUUGACCAUGGCCUACAAGUGCAUCAACUGCCGUGGUACCAUUGCGCAUGGCAAGACCACAGAGGUGACCUACAACUAUCAUCAUGUUGUGGAAGCUUCUGCAAAGACAGCAAAGGAACUGUUUGAAGACUUUGGUGGUUCCAAACCUCUUGGUUCUGUCAAUGAAAUCAAGGAAGAAAUUAUGGCUCGUGGGCCUGUAGUUUCAACAUCCUUCUGUUACUCACAGCCCUUCUUUGAAGCCAGUGCCCAUGCAACUGACUUUCAGAAUGGGCUGGUGGGCUCAAACCAUGCCCUUCUGAUUGUGGGCUGGCAGCAGACCGCCUGUGGAGAAGUGUGGUUGGUUCGAUCAAAAAAUGGAGCAACCGACAUACCUAUCGCCAUCGGCCAGUACUCCUUGGAAGAAGACGUUAUUGCACCAGUCAGCGACCUUUCCAACAGGCCCUGGCAGGAACCAAAGAAAGCAUUUGAUGUUCCUAGACUUCCAGCUGAAUGGUACUCAUGGACAUACAUCCAAAUGUAUUGCGAUGACAAUGAACUGCAGCACCUUUUCAAAGCUCUGGGUACCUCAGUGAUUUCUUCAGUCAACAAGAAAGUACCCUUUGUGAUUCGAGAGUCAGAGAAGAAAGCACGCAGUCGGUGGGCCUACCUUACUGAUUUGGAGUGGAUUGAGGCAGGAAACAACUGGAAGGUGAAAGCCAAUUUUUUUGAUGAUGAACGGACCAAAGGGAAUGGUUGGACUUAGCUUGCCUAUUGGCCCGAUUCAGCAUCGCUACAUCACCAACCGAAUCAACACGCACUUUACACCAUUCACUAGCUAAAAUUUAAUUAUACUAGUAUCACAGAUCGACAGGAAGCAACCCGUAACAAUGAUCCGUUCCAUCCACUUGCCUUUUUUACUUUUUGAUUCCUU